CUCGCCCCCCCCCCCUUUGCCUCCUAACUUCUUACAACACGGACGACAGCAUCUAGAAAUACAUGCUCUAUCGUUAAAAUUUAACUUGAACGCCCCGCUCCUCAAAUGUCGGAUCGGAUCUCCCGUCCAUCCAGUCCAUACUUGGAGUCUCCAAGGAAGACCGUCGAGUUGGAAGACCCCGGUGCUCAGGACUCCGCCGCCAACAGCGACGAUGAGCAUUUCCUUGAUGCCAGCGAGGGUCAUCAACUCCCACCUUCCCGCCCCUCCUCCUCCGCCGGGCGCGCAUCCCCUAUCCCGUUAACACGAGUGGAACGAGUCGAUGAGAAUCCAGCACAUGGCGAAGUCCCCGGCACGGCGGCGUAUGAGAUUAGGACUCAAGACGCCGUUCCCGAUCAAGUUGAAGUCGUCCCUGAUGGGUCCCGCAGUCGGAGCACUUCGACAUCCGGGCAGCAGCAACGACCGAUGACGCCCAGUUCUCCGAUUCCCCGGACGGUGGUCGAGAAGGUGGAUCUUGAUCAACCGAGCCACGGGGACAUACCUGGUACUUCGGCCUACGAACUAAGGAGAGCGGAUGCGGUACCAGACGUUGUCGUGAAAGCAUCAGAGUCGGAUGCUGCGCCCAUCCCCGAGUCCGUUUCCAUUCUUACUGAUACACCCGUCCCCGAGACGCUGCUAUCUCAAGUCAAUUCCCCCACAAACGACGAAGAACCAUCACCACAAGUUUCAUCAGAUGACACCGAAGAAUCACAACCACAUGCUCAUCGGGCAAACCCCAGUGACCCCCAGCCGGAUCAAACGGAAACGGUCACCGCGGCGCCCCCAGACUCGCCUGCAAGCCAUCGAAGUCACACCCGCCGGAAACCAUCAGUGACGGGCGAAGAGUUCGGGGAAGAAGAAACGCCUGGGGGUGGUGCAGACGACUUCGAUGAUUUCACCGAGGGGCAAGACGACUUGGGAGACUUCGACGACGCGGACUUUGGGGACUUUGACGACGGCUUCCAGGAGCCGAGUGCAGCGGUCCCCAUGGAUGUUGAAGUCUCGCAACCUCCUACGCCGCCCUCUGUUCCGACCCUCCUCGAUCUAACCACCUACCAAAGAAUCCCCGACCUCUACGCGGCGCUGGACGACCCUCUCGAUCAACUCUUUCCCUCCACAACGUCACCAUUACCAUCCUCGAAACCCGAACCCAUCCCCAACGCCACCGCCAUCUUCAGCACCGAACGCUCCCUCUCCCUCUGGUCCCAACUCGUCGCUCCCCCACCUCUUCAGCCUCAGAACUGGGUGAAAUCCCGCAUCCGCCGUCUCUUCCUCGUCUCACUCGGUGUCCCCGUCGACCUCGACGAGAUCCUCCCCGCCUCGAAACAGAAGAAACUCGUCCUCCCCUCCCUCACCAUCUCCUCCAGCAUCUCCUCAACCGCCACGCCUAAUACCGCCUCCCAAAACCCCGGCACCGCCACGCCAAUCCACGCAAGCUCCCACUCCCGCUCCCAGAGCCUCGCCGCCAACGCCAACCGCAACAGCAUCCAAAGUACCGCCGGCAGCCCCGGCGGAACGCCCCGCAGCACCGCCGCCCGUCGGAGACGGGAAGCCUCCCCACCACCCGAGCUCGAUCUCUCGGCCGUCCGCCGCCUCUGCGCCACCACAGACGCGGCGCUCGGGGGCCUGACGGACGGGGAACUCAAGGGCCACGUCCAGGAAUUGGAAUGGGUCACGUUGCGGGCGAGCUCGGUGCUGGAAUACUGGCUGAAACGGCUGGACGGGUUAGUAAGCGAGAAAGAGGCAUUUGAAGGCGUGAUUGAAAAUCUCGUCAGUCAUGCAAGGAGAGUGAGGAAGUAGUACGGAGUAGGAGUAGUAGUAGUAGACCACACCAAAACAUCUCGCGGGAAAGGAACCACCGGACAGAUGAUCUUUUACUAUCUUAUAGCUUAUAAUGAGGACGGGGCCGAAAAAGUCAAUUCCGGAUGGAUGCGGGAAAACCUUGAAGAUACAAACGACGAUCGGUUUGGGCUGGGGUGGGUGCAGUGGUUAUUUGGAGCUCCAGGAAAUGGAGGAAGAAACAAAGUUCUAAUUCUAUUGGUAAUGACAUGAUAUAUACCUG